AUUGUCUUCUCUAAGACACACACACACACACACAUUGUUAUUUACCACCUUUUUUUUCAUCAUUGUACCUUCUUCACUUCUUGCCUAAGUGAAGGAACAAACACACAUCUCUUUCUUUCUGUCUGUUUCUUCAUUCUUUAUAUACUAUCUGACAUUAUACUCAGUAGUGUACUUUAUUUUUUUAAUCAUUUCUUUUGUCAGAGUGCAUUUCAGAUCUCUAUUUCUCUUAAAUUUGCAGAUAACUUUUCAAGAGAACUGAUACCCAUUUCCCAAAAUGCAGAUUCUGAUGUGGGUUUUUAAGUUCUUGAUCCUUGUUUCAUUCUUUCACCUUUCUUUACAAGCACCACCUAUAUGCUCAGAGACUGACAGAGCUGCUCUUCUUGAUUUUAAGGGCAGAAUUUUUAAGGACACAACUGGGAUUUUGGCUUCAUGGGUAGGCUUGGAUUGUUGUGAUGGUGGCUGGGAAGGUAUCACAUGCAAUCCAAGAACAGGGAGAGUGACACAAGUGGUGCUACAAAGGCCAGCUGAUGGGGACAGUGGUGUUUUCAUGAAGGGCACUCUGUCUGCUUCUCUUGGCAAAUUAAGGUUCCUGGAAGUGAUGAUAAUCAGUGGGAUGAAAAGAAUUGCAGGAAACAUUCCUCAGAGCUUUUCGGGUCUUACGAGUCUCUCACAACUACACUUGGAAGACAAUGCACUUGAGGGCAACAUUCCUUCAAGUUUAGGUGAUUUGCCUUAUCUCAGAGCACUUUCAUUAAGUGGCAACCGUUUGACUGGUCCUAUUCCUCCUACCUUUGGGAAAUAUAAAAACCUUGUUCAGCUUACAUUAGCCAGAAAUUACCUUGAAGGUCCUAUCCCAACUAGCUUAAAGAGUCUUUUUAGUUUACAGUAUCUUGAUCUUAGUCGCAAUACCUUAUCCGGGUUCAUUCCAGAUUUUGUAGGCCAGUUCAAGAAUCUGACAUUUCUUGACUUCUCCAGCAAUCACUUAUCAGGGGCAAUUCCUAUUUCUUUGGGUGGUCUUGGAAGUCUUUCGGAUAUGUCCUUAAGCCAGAAUCAACUAACCGGAAGUAUCCCAAAUGAGAUUGGCCAUCUAAAGUCUCUUACUAGUUUGUCAUUGAGCAUGAACCAGCUCAGUGGUCAAAUUCCAGAUACUUUAUCACAGUUACAAAACCUAUGGCACCUCAACUUAUCAGGAAAUGCUCUUUCCAAUCCUUUGCCUGAUGCACUCUCCAAAGGCAUCCCUUCUUUGUUGUCCAUAGAUCUCUCGUACAACCGCCUCAAUUUAGUGAGAGUUCCAGAAUGGAUUAGAAACAGAGAACUCUCUGAUGUCAAUUUAGCUGGAUGCAACCUUAUUGGAGCACUCCCAGUUUUCGCAAAACCAAAUUCCUUGAGUUCCAUUGAUCUCUCCAAUAACCAUUUCACCGAGGGGUUAUCCAAUUUCUUCUCAAAGAUGACAAGUUUGCAGAAGGCCAAGCUAUCAAACAACCAACUGAAGUCUGACAUUUCUGCAAUCACAUUGCCAGCAGGACUUGCCUCACUUGAUCUCCACUCGAAUCAGCUAUUUGGCUCUCUAUCAAGCCUCUUGAACAGGACAAGCAACUUCAUGCAAGCUAUUGACUUGUCAAACAAUUACAUUUCAGGUAGCAUCCCUGAAUUCAGCGAAGGCUCAAGUUUGACACUGCUCAACAUCGGAAGCAACAAGAUUACUGGCCAGAUUCCUGACUCUAUCUCAAACCUAGUUACACUCGAAAGGCUAGACAUUUCAAGAAAUCAAGUAACUGGCACAAUUCCCACAAGCUUAGGUUUGUUGCUCAAGUUGCAAUGGCUAGACCUGUCCAUCAAUAAACUUGGGGGGAAAAUUCCAGUCAGCCUACUCGACAUCGAGAAGCUAAGGCAUGCAAACUUCAGGGCAAACAAAUUAUGCGGUAUGAUUCCACAAGGAAGGCCUUUUAAUGCAUUCCCUGCAACUGCCUAUGGACACAAUCUGUGCUUAUGCGGCAAGCCAUUACCACCAUGCAAGAAGAUGGACAAGGAGAGAUGAGCCAAUGAAAUGCUGGCUCGAUUCAGAUGAAGUAAAACCAGUGCUCAUUCAUCACCUCGUGUGAGCAUUUUAAGAAUUUGAAGAAGUCUACUAGACAUGCUUAAUUUCUCUUUUUUUCAUUACUUAUCAAUGAAAAUGAAUAAAUGAGUGGAAUGUAUAUGAUUUUGCUUUUAAUAGAAUAUUUGUUCAGCUUC